CGCAUCCGCCCCCCUCCCUCCCGCCAGUCCCCCGCCGCAGCCCAGGAAGCAAGCCGGGACCACGCCGCCCCAGACCCUGGGCCCGCACCCCGACACCGGGGGCCUGCACCCUGAGGUUGGAUCCAGAGAUCUGGAAACCUGAGCCUGAGACCCUGAUCUGGGGCUGGGACCCCCAAGACCUGGAGCCCGAACACCUAGUGUCUGGGGCUGGAAUCUCAACAUCAGUCUCGGGAACCCCAAGACUUGGAAUAUGGACCCCCAGAUUUGGAGCCUGAACCUCAAGAUUUCGCAUCUAAAACCCCAAAUCUGGAACUGAACUCUGAAUGCUGUGCCUGGGACCUUGAAAUCUGGGACCAGAUUCCCAUAUCUGUAACUGGAACCCACUAAUUGGGGCCUGAACCCUGAGAUUUAGGCUUCAAAUUCCAAGAUCUGAACCCUGGCAUUCCAAGGGGCCUAAACCUGGGUUUGAGCCUGAAGUCCUUGCUGCAGACCCGAAUGCUGAAAUUGAGAGCUAGAGACCUCCAAAUCUUGACUCGGAACCCCAAUAUCUGAACCCAGCACCCCAGUAUUGGAUCCCUGGACUGGGCUUGAGACUCAGACCCUCAGCUCUCCAUUUGGCUGUUUAGUAUCCCAAGCCCAGAGCUAGGAGACACUGGCUCUGAUCAACCCAAACUGGAGCCUGGGUCUCUAAAAUUGGACCCUAGAGGUCCUGUAUUUAGAGAUCUAGGACCCCAAGUAAUAAGGUCUAAAGACUCCAUGGCCACAGAUCUGGGCUGAGACACAACACAGACCCUCUACAGAGGCCUUGGGGACAGAGAAGGCAUGACCAGGCCCCCCCUCCAGAGCCCUGACCCCUGACCCCUUGGAGCUUGAGGACUCUGCUCCCUGGGGCGGCUUCCAGCUCAGGCCGCCCCCGCCCGCAAUGGCCGUCCUCCCACUGCUCCUGUGCCUGCUGCCGCUGGCCCCCGCCUCGUCUCCGUCCCAGCCAGCCACAGCCAGCCCGUGUCCCCGCCGCUGCCGCUGCCAGACACAGUCGCUGCCCCUAAGUGUGCUGUGCCCGGGGGCCGGCCUUCUGUUCGUGCCCCCCUCGCUGGACCGCCGGGCAGCCGAGCUGCGCCUGGCGGACAACUUCAUCGCGGCCGUGCGCCGCCGCGACCUGGCCAACAUGACCGGCCUGCUGCAUCUGAGCCUGUCGCGUAACACCAUCCGCCACGUGGCAGCCGGCGCCUUUGCUGACCUGCGCGCCCUGCGCGCCCUGCACCUCGAUGGAAACCGGCUGACCUCGCUGGGCGAGGGUCAGCUGCGCGGCCUGGUCAACUUGCGCCACCUCAUCCUGAGCAACAACCAGCUGGCGGCCCUGGCGGCCGGUGCCCUGGACGACUGCGCCGAGACGCUCGAGGAUCUCGACCUGUCCUACAACAACCUGGAGCAGCUGCCCUGGGAGGCCUUGGGCCGCCUGGGCAACGUCAACACGUUGGGCCUCGACCACAACCUGCUGGCCUCCGUGCCCGCCGGCGCCUUUUCCCGCCUGCACAAGUUGGCACGGCUGGACAUGACCUCCAAUCGCCUGACCACCAUCCCGCCCGACCCGCUCUUCUCCCGCCUGCCGCUGCUGGCCAGGCCCCGCGGCUCCCCCGCCUCGGCGCUGGUGCUGGCCUUCGGCGGGAACCCCCUCCACUGCAACUGCGAGCUGGUGUGGCUGCGGCGGCUGGCCCGGGAGGACGACCUGGAGGCCUGCGCCUCCCCGCCGGCUCUGGGUGGCCGCUACUUCUGGGCUGUGGGUGAGGAGGAGUUCGUGUGCGAGCCCCCUGUGGUGACUCACCGCUCCCCGCCGCUGGCGGUGCCUGCGGGCCGGCCAGCUGCCCUGCGCUGCCGGGCCGUGGGGGACCCCGAGCCCCGCGUGCGCUGGGUGUCACCCCAGGGCCGGCUGGUGGGCAAUUCGAGCCGUGCUCGUGCCUUCCCUAACGGGACGCUGGAGCUGCUGGUCACCGAGCCGGGCGAUGGUGGCAUUUUCACUUGCAUUGCGGCCAAUGCUGCUGGCGAGGCCACCGCUGCUGUUGAGUUGACUGUGGGUCCCCCCCCACCUCCCCAGCUAGCCAACAGCACCAGUUGUGACCCCCCGCGGGACGGGGAUCCUGAUGCCCUCACCCCGCCCUCUGCCGCCUCAGCCUCCGCCUCCGCCUCGGCCAAGGCAGCUGACACUGGGCCCCCUCCCGACCGUGGUGUCCAGGUGACUGAGCACGGGGCCACCGCUGCUCUUGUCCAGUGGCCGGAUCAGCGGCCUAUCCCAGGCAUCCGCAUGUACCAGAUCCAGUACAACAGCUCAGCCGACGACAUCCUCGUCUACAGGUGCAGGGUCCAGGAUGAUUCCCGCCGACAGCCGCUCCUUCUUGUUGUCGGACCUGGCGUCGGGCCGCACCUACGAUCUGUGCGUGCUGGCGGUGUACGAGGACGGCGCCACCGGGCUGACGGCCACGCGGCCCGUGGGCUGCGCCCGCUUCUCCACCGAGCCGGCGCUGCGGCCCUGCGGGGCCCCGCACGCACCCUUCCUGGGCGGCACCAUGAUCAUCGCCCUUGGCGGAGUCAUCGUGGCCUCGGUACUGGUCUUCAUCUUCGUGCUGCUCAUGCGCUACAAGGUGCAUGGCGGCCAGCCCCCGGGCAAGGCCAAGGCACCUGCACCCGUCAGCAGCGUUUGUUCGCAGACCAACGGCGCCCUGGGCCCCACGCCGGCGCCGCCCGCCCCUGAGCCCGCUGCGCCCAGGGCCCACACCGUGGUCCAGCUGGACUGUGAGCCCUGGAGGCCCAGCCACGAACCCACGGGACCCUAGCCUCGGGCCCACCUCCACGGCCCUUCUGGCCCCAGGGGUGGGAGGACCCAGGCGCCCCGUGGGACCUGGCCUCAGACUCACCAAAUCGCUCACGGUUUUUAAAACUCUGAUGGGGAGGGUGUCGGGGGCACCGGGGCACAACAAGAAAGUCCUAUUUUUCUAAGCUUGGGCCUGGGCCCUUGCCCUUGUCUCUGUCUGUGGGGGCUGGGGAGGGAUCGUGCAGGGGUCUGGAGUUGGGAAGGCCUCCUCUGGGGAGAGACCCCCACUCUGUUCUGUCUGAAGUUCCUGGGAUGAGGCUGAGGAUGGUCAUCCAUUCAGUCAACAGAAUGCCAAGAGCAUGCCUUCUGGGUGUGCCCUGUGCUGGGUGACUCAGAUGGCCCCAAGCCCUGCUCGGACAGUGAAAGUUCAUUGUGAUCAGAGAUGUGGUGAUGAGGGAUGCUUCGGAGGUUGUGGAAGCCCAGGAAAGGUGCCUGACUCAGCCUAGGGUGUGGUCAGGGAGGCUUCCUGGAGGAAGGAUGAGAUCUGAGCAUGACAUCAGAAGGAGAUAAUUGGGCAAAGAGCAAAGGGAAAGCUGUUCCAGGCAGAGGGCCCAGCACAAGCAAGAACUUAGUAAAUGCCAGACGCUGGGGGUCUGGUGGUAGAGGUAAGGCAGGAGGGGCAAGCAGGGUCCAGGAGCUCCAGGCUGAGGAGCUCAGACUCUGGCCUGAUGAUAGUACUGGGGAGCCAUGGAGGGUUCUAUGCAGGGGAGGGUCAGAGCCAGGAAUGGGCUUUAGGAGGAUCUCUCUAGCUAUCGUGAAGAGGAUGGACCAGGGGGGGAAACCGAAGCUAGGAGCCUGAGGGAAGCCAAGGUGGGUAAGGACAAGGACAAGGCAGGACCGGGCCACGGCUGGGGGAAAGGUGAGAGAAGUGAGUAGGGGGUAGGUGAGAGAGGAAGCUGAAUGGAUGGGUUAUGGAGCUGAAGGGCUGUGGGGGAGGAAGGUAUCCAGAGUGAGGCCCAGGGCUCUGGCCAGGGGUGGGGACUGUGGAACCAUCUGAUGCAGGACCAGGAAGGAGAUACAGGUUAGGGAAGAUGCUGAGGGCAAUGGGGGACUUGGUGAAUGGGGGUGGGCAGAGGAUGUCCAGGAGGUGGUAGCCAGGAGGCAGGCCUCAGGACCCUGGUCUAUGAAGAAAAGAAGGCUAUUAUCAGCAGAGAUGGGGAAUGAGGCCAAUGGGGUGAUGAGACAGCUUCUGGGACUUUCCAUGUUUAAGGGACAGGCAAAGAAAAACCUGACAAAGACUAAAUAGAAACAGCAGAUGGAGGGACAGAGUGAAGCAAACCAGUCAGGUCAAACCCAAGUGACUAUUGUGUUUAAUGUAUCAGGCCAUGGUGACCUCCUCAGUGAGAGUAGUGUUAGGGGAUUGGUUGGGUAGGUGCCAGAUUCAGCUAAUUUGAGAUUUAAAAAAAAAUUUUUUUUUAAUUUAUUUAUUUAUGAUAGUCACAGAGAGAGAGAGAGAGGCAGAGACAUAGGCAGAGGGAGAAGCAGGCUCCAUGCACUGGGAGCCCGACGUGGGAUUCAAUCCUGGGUCUCCAGGAUCGCGCCCUGGGCCAAAGGCAGACGCCAAACUGCUGCGCCACCCAGGGAUCCCAGAUUCAGCUAAUUUGAGAGUAGGAGCUAAGAAAGUGUAAGUAGGGAGCAUAGACCCUGUGAUUCUGUGGGUCUAGGGCCUGGUUUUGGUUAAUCUGGACCAAUCAGCACUACAUCUCUGCAAGGCUGGUCCUCACUCUGUCUUGGGCCGCCUUAGAUCCCCCUCAGACACCAGACCUGGAGGUUUGGAAGACCAAACUCUGGGCCUUGGUAACACUGGGGCUCAUUGGAGAUCCAGGAAUGGGAUAGGCAGUAAGAAGAAUAGUGUUCUCUGACCCUAGGCCUCCUCUGGCGGUGGGUCCAGGGACAGAGAAGAUGGGGAUGGGGGAGAUGGGCUUAAGUCCUGUGAGGGUUCUCUGGAGUGAUGCUGGUGUGAAGGGCAUGGUGAAGAGGGCCCAAGACUGGACUGGCCAUUCUCAAGACCUGGUGCACAUGACCUUGUCCUCAUGGGAUAACAUCCUAGAUUCUGCAACGGUUUUCUUGGUGGGUUGUAGGCUUUGAAAACGAUCUUCCACCAGCUAUAGGAACAAUCUGAGUCCCAGGGACCUGGCCUGACUCCAGAGUCCUCCACAAGCAUAAUGAGGUCCUUCUUGUUUGUUACCCUUGGUGGCUGAGGUCAGGUGAAGCCAUCAGGGUGAGGGAGGCGUCUUGGCAAAAGGGUAGGCGCCCUAGGGAGUGGGAAGAUUGGAGAUCUGGUGCCAAUUUCAAAAUGCCAAUUGCUGCCACAAGGCGGAGACAGAGUGCACCAUUCCUUAACCCUUAUUUUUCAAUUUGAACAAUUUAUUGUGUGCCUAUUUGUGCAGCAUGCUGGGAAUUCAAUACUGAGCUAAUACAGGCACAGGUCCUGGCCUCACACAUCUCACCAUUUGGUGGGGAGACAAAUGUUGAAUAAUCACACAAGCCAGUAUAAAGCAUCUGUGGCGAAGGCUGUUGUGGGGAUGGAGCAUGUAGGAGAGAUACAUGGGACUGGGAGACCCUAUAACCAGGAGACCUGACCCGGGAACUGGCGUUGAGAGAGGCUUCCUGGAGGAAGUGACAUCUCAGCUGAGCUAUGAAGGAUGCUCAGGUUGGAGUUAACUGCACUGGGGGGAGGGGAGGUGGAAAGGGCAUCCCAUGCAAAUGGAACAGAAUGUGUAGAAGUUUAGGGGCUGGGAGAGGGCUGCUGAGAUGGGGUGAGGGAAGGAUGCAGUGUUGAGGCUGGAAAGGGGGCAGAUGAUACAGGACCCUGUAGGCUGCUGGGAUUUUAUUAUAAGUGGCAUGAGAAGCCACUGGAGGUUCUGAACAGUGAGGAGAAUAGUGCUCCCUCCUCUUCAGGAAGCUCCAGUGGUCGGGUCGGUCUGUUUGCACGUGGGGGACGAAAGUGAAGAAGGGAGACCAGGGAAGGGGCUACUGCAAUGGUCCAAGCAAAACACUGACCCCAAAUGAGGUUGGGACCUGAAGUGGAUGGGCUGGAGAGAGAUUUGAGACUACCUCACCAGAGGCCUCUGUCCCCUAUACAGAGGAGGACAGGGUGGACCACUAUCCAAUGAUCUGGCUCUCAGGCAAGAUUGCAGAGACUGGAAAGAAGAGCUGUGGGACCCCCCUGGUGUCUGAUAUCCAAGGAUCCAUCCAUUAGAUGAGGAAGCAACCGUCUCUGUAAGAACUUUUUCCAGGUUCAAGUACCGGGGAGAUAGUGGAUGUUGGUUCUGCAAAGCAGAGACUGCGGCUGAUUGGGGGGAAUGUGGACACAGGAAAUGCAGGCCUGGAAGGGGGACACGCUAAUUAUAUGUGUGGAAACAAGGAGUGUGGGAGGGGAUACAUGCGGGCAGGCUAGUUCCUCUAGCGUGGCCCCCUUGGCCUCCCCAACAGGGUGCCUGGAUCAUCCCUCACCCCCAUGCAGGAACAAUACUCCUAUGGACAUAUGAUCACAUGUAUCUCGAAUUUAAAGUUAAAAUCCAGCCCUGCCCAACGGAAUCCACCAAUUUCCUGAGCCCCGGGAGCGCUACUGCUCCUUCCACGGUCCCUCCCCUGUGUGGCUUUGAGAAUGCCUUUGCACAUUUUUGAGGCCAGGUUUUCUGGAACCAAAGUUCCAGGCUACUGGAGCGUUUUCUCGAAGUAACCGUAGUCCUGAUACCAGGAUGCUCCCCUGUCUGCGCAUUGCCACAUCCCACCUGUGUGUCUGGGUGUGGCUAAUCUGCCCCGGGGCCUGAGUGUCUCGGUGUCUGUGAUCCCUUCCUUACAAGGCCUCAGCUAAUGCCAAGGUUUCACAGCUCGUUUCCGUGGGCACAUAUGUGGGAGAGUCUGAUAAAGGGGUCCUCCGGAAAGGGUUGCUUCUCUUCUGGGUUGAACCCGACCAUGGCCUCUGCCUCUGAUUCCUUCCUGGUGCCUGUGCCCUUUCAUGCUUCCCAAAAGCAAGGACGGGUGUCAGUGCGUGGCGUUGCCCUGACUUGUACAGAGCAAUGCUGGGAACACAUCGGUGACCAACCCAGCCCCAGACCCCACCUUCACAGAGCUCCAGUCCAGUGGAGGAAAUACAUGCUCACCAAACAAUGACACCCCAAAGGGGAGAUGGCUGGGAUAAGGGAAGCACAGGCAAGACUGAUAAGGGGCUGUCUAUGUGCAAGGGAUUCUGGGAGCCCAGAGUGGGCUCCUUACAGAGCCUGGCUUGGGAGGUGGGGUGAGUCCGUGAUUUCCUGAAUGCAGGGCCAGCUUCAUGGCAGUGUGACCUGUACAGUCGCACAGCACCUCACAUUAAGAAAGGCCCUGCGCUUGGUUGAAUGCCCUGCUGUCGCCAUCAUGAAAUUCUUAAUAAUUUUUGAACAAAGGACUCCACAUGUUCAUUUUGCACUGUGCCCUGCAUACUUCAGGGAUGUACAGAAAGAGCCAGAGGAAGAGAGCGUCUUCCAAGGACAGAGAACAUUGUGUGCCAAACACAAGAAAGGAAGAGAGGAUCGUACCCUUGAAGAGCUGACCGCAGUUCUGUGUAGCUGGAGCACGGAGAGGAAGGAGGGGGUGAGUGAGGGGUGGGCUCAAGAAGUUGCUGGAUGCCAGCUGCUGAGCUGACGGCUCACGAGUUGGGACUCCAUUCCAGAGGCACUGGGGAGCCAUGGUGGAGGGACAGGGUCAGGUUUGGACUUUAGAAAGAUCCAUCUGUCUAUACUGGGGAAGGUGGCCAGGGGCACACGACCGAAAAUAAGGUCGGGGUGGGAGGCUUGGCUGCCUGUGGGAAGGGUGAGAGUGUCUGGUCACUGUGGGAGGGCGUAUGAAGAGCCUUGAAUACUUGGGUGACAGACACCCAAUACACCAGGAGACUGGCCGGGGGGGACCCAAAGCCACAGGCUGAAUCCAGAGCUUCAUUUUCACUUGAAGAUUUUUCACUGUUGGGUGGGUGCACAAGGGUAGGUUAAUGGGUGUCACUGGUAAGUACUUGAAAAUCUUUAUAUGAGAACUCACAUGGAUAGACUGAUGAAAGUGAAUGCAAAAUUGGCAAGAAUUUAGAGUAUAAAAUGUAAGACUUCAAAGGAC